AUGGAUUCUGACCUACGAAUGAGUCGCGAAAGGUCUACGUCUGUAUCGACCGCCGAAGUGGUACCAACUUCGAUAGAUGUUAGAAAACAGCGGACCUCGCUCAAGAUUGUCACUCCGAGCAAGAAUUCUGAGGAGCAGUUGAUAGAUUCCAGCUUUAGUGAGGGACACUCCAAUGCACACCGGCGUUCGCACUCGUAUGCGUCGCCAUUACAUUUGCGUACCCAGCAGGGAUUAGAAUCCCCAAGGGUUUCCCCUGAUCCGUUGGGCGAUACUCUUUCCCCCUCGGCUACAAAUAUGAACUCUACACAAUCCACAUCUUCGUCUAGAAUAAACCCGUUUGGCUCGCUUUCUCCAAGCGGCACAAGGAUACCAGACGUGCCAUCUCCAGAGAGCUUCUGGUAUGAGAUCAAGAAGACGUAUCCACAUUUAAAGAUAACUUUGCUCUCCAUAUUCAGCUGGUACUGUUUUUCGCUUGGAAUAUCGCUUUACAACAGAUGGAUGUUUUCCAACAAGAACCUCAAUUUUUCGUUCCCGAUCAUCAUCACAUCGUUUCACCAGUUGAUUCUGUUUCUACUGAGUCUGCUCACGCUCGCGAUGAUCCCGCGUUUUAGACUCAAUUAUCAGCCAUACUCCAGAUCUUUGCCCGAGGCAGAACAUCUGGUUGGGGAACCAGACAACGGGAACUCCAGCGACGAGUUCAACGACCUGCUAGAGAGCAAGAAAGUGCAAGGCCAGAGCUACUUGAUGCCUGUGAAAGAAUACCUGACCAAGAUCUUACCGUGUUCCAUUGCUUCAGCCGGUGACAUUGGUCUUGGAAACACAGCAUUCAGAUUCAUAUCACUCUCGCUAUACACGAUGAUCAAGACAUCAUCGUUGAUAUUUGUGCUAUUUUGGGGUGUGGUGUUCAAGCUCGAAAAGAUGACGUGGCGUAUCCUGUCCAUCGUCCUGAUCAUGACCUUUGGAGUCAUUCUCAUGAUAUCGGGCCAACACGAAGACGAUUCAAAGCCAGCUCCAGCACCUACACCUGCUCCAGAAUCUUCAGCUGUGGGCGGAAUUGUGCCUGAAGACGAAGAUCUGGUCCCUGCCCUAGCUAAAAGACUGUUCAGCCGUGAAAUGAAAACGACCCAUCUGCUGAUCCUGGGCUCUUUCUUGGUUCUUGGUUCAUCGUGCAUGUCGGGGCUCCGGUGGGCAUUGACCCAAAUCAUGCUAAAAAAGAACCCGAGAACCACAAACCCUAUUCUCACCAUUCUCUACCUUUCACCAGCAAUGAGUUUUGUUCUGCUCAUCAUUGGCUGUCUCGUGGAAGGUAUAAAGUCUUUCACCGAGAGUCCAAUCUGGGAAGAAAAAGGAUUCUUCAUGACAUGCCUUUUGAUUCUGAUUCCUGGAUUGCUCGCAUUCUUCAUGACUCUUUCGGAGUUUGUGCUCCUUCAGUACGCAUCAUUAUUAACACUGUCCAUCGCAGGUAUUUUCAAAGAAUUGCUCACCAUAUUCACGUCAUGGCUUCUCUUUGAUGAUAAGCUUUCGUUUGUCAACCUGAUAGGAUUGGCAAUCACCAUCACGGAUAUCGUUUGGUACAAUUUGUACCGAUUCGAUCAAAUGCAGGCGGAGGGCUUGCCGAAAAAUAAAGUUUCUCGGCCUACUUCUUUCGAGGACGAACAACCAGCCCGAUCAAACGGGGACAUCGAAUUAGAUGAGCUUCAAUGCUAG